AUGUCAUCCCUAGCACAUAAGAUUGUAACAGGUUCUCUGUUAUUCUGCCCGGAUUGUGGGACGUUGUUGAGUCUGCCCAAGGAUAGCGACCAAACGGUAAUAUGCGAACAAUGCAGUCAUGAAGAGCCCGCCAGCUCCUACGAAAACACAGAGAUCACUACGCGUUCACAUCCCGAAGCUUUUCCAUCCGCUCUAAGGCAAAAGAGAAAAACUCAGACAAAAAUACACCAAGGAAAAGUGUUGCCCAAAGUUUCGGAGAAAUGCCCAGCAUGUGGUCAUCUGGAGGCUUAUUACGAAGAGAAGCAGAUGCGGAGUGCUGAUGAAGGCUCUACGAUUCUUUAUACGUGUGUUUCAUGCAAGCACGGCUGGCGUGUCAACAACUAG